CAAAUCGUCCCCCAGUGACCCCGUCACGCAUUUGCACACCAUGGACGAGUUCAAGGAAGAUGAGAUCGAGAGCAUCCUCUACAUUGGUCGUGAAGUCUCAGUGUACAAGAUCCCGCCUCUGAAGGCCAACGAAGGGCAUCGAGCGCAGGAAUGGGGUGAUUUGGCGCAGCCGUUAUGGAAGGGCCGGAUUCGUAUCGUUGAGCGCAAUUCGGGCGUGGCUUUGCAGUUUGAAGAUGCGACUACCGGUGAACUCUUCGCUAAGGCUGACUAUGACCCAGCCAAGCCAUGCGUAGAGGCUGUCCUUGACUCUUCGCGAUACUUUGUCGUACGAGUAGAGGACAACGGUCGGAGAGCAUACAUCGGGAUGGGUUUCCUGGAGCGAUCAGACAGCUUUGACUUCAAUGUGGCGCUGCAGGACUACACUAGACGGUGGCGAGCGUUGAAGAACCCUGCUGAAUCUCCAGCCAACCAGCCUUCUCCUCAUGUACCCGCCGGUCCGAAGAAGGACUACACCCUGAAAGAAGGCCAGACGUUCUCGAUCUCCAUCCCCGGCAAGGCAAACAAGCCAUCCAAUGACAAUACUUCGGGACUGAACCUCCUAGGCGAUGGCCUUGGUGGCUCAGGGCUCUCAUCUGGCAGUGGUGGUAUCCCUGCGCUUCUUCCCCCGCCUCCUAGUGCGCCAAGGAAGCGGUAACCUUGUCCUCUGCAUCAUGUACAUUACACAUCGCGCUUGCUUGGGUUUUCUUUCCGAUUGUCCUCCGCGGAUUCUUCUAGAUCGUUGACGCGAUCUUCUCCAGUUGUCGGGCUUCAUUGGACUGACGGCGUCACCGCAUCGCGGGAUGCACUCUACAUAAUAGGCUACAAUACCGGAAGAUCAUCGUGACCUUGUCCAUGCACGACUUGAACAUUCGACGCUGCAACGCUGUUCACCGACCUUAAGGGGCAUCUCCGGGUUUCGGUGAUAGCCUACCGCUCGCGCUGCGACCCACGUUCCUCGAGCUAUACCCAGACCGUACAACCCAGGGGUUCUCCGGCACUUGGUCUUCCAUUUCUCGCAGCUUCCUGCUUGUGCUCAGAUUUAUCCGAACUCGCACUUCCAACCUGCAAAUACUUAUAUUCAC